AUGGAGAACAGAAGCUCUGCAGUGACAGAAUUUAUUCUCCUGGGCCUGUCUCAGAAUCCCAGAAUACAAACUUUCCUCUUCUUCCUUUUCCUUGCUAUCUACAGUACAACCUGGCUUGGAAAUCUCACCAUUAUUAUUACAGUGAUCACCACACCCAGUCUCCAUACACCCAUGUACUUUAUGUUAGCUAAUUUGGCCAUAGUAGACAUAAGUGAAUCAACAGUCACAUCACUCAAAAUGUUAUGGGACCUUCUCUCCCAUACUCAUACAAUCACAUACAAUGGGUGCAUUGCACAGAUUUUUUUCUUACAUUUAACAGGGGGUGCAGUGGUUUUCUUGCUGGUUGUGAUGGUUAUUGACAGAUACAUAGCGAUCUACAAGCCACUGCAAUACUUGGUGAUCAUGAAUCCAAGGGUUUGUGUAGGUUUGGUAUCAGGAGCAUGGUUGGGCGGCUUUGCUCACUCCAUUGUCCAGGUCGGAAUUCUUAUUCAGCUACCCUUCUGUGCAUCCAAUAUUCUGGACCAUUUCUACUGUGAUGUCCCACAGCUCAUUAAGUUGGCAUGUUGUGAUACACACAUCAUAGAAAUCUUAAUGGUUUGUAACAGUGGACUACUCCUGACAUUAAUCUUCUUCACUUUACUUGUGUCAUACACUGUUAUCUUGGUGAAAAUUAGAAGACAUGUUACAGAAGGGCAACAUAAAGCUCUUUCCACUUGUGCUGCACAGAUUUUAGUCAUGAGUUUAAAUUUUGUCCCAGGGAUGUUUGUUUAUGAUCGGCCUUUCAAGGUCUUUCCAGAAGAUAAGAUUGCUUCAGUCCUCUAUAGUGUUUUGACACCAAUGCUGAAUUCAAUGAACUUCACUUUGCGCAAUACAGAAAUGAAAAACAUUAGAAAAUUCCUGAGAAAACUUCUGAAUUACAGAAAAAUGGAACUAACCAUAAUGCAUUUAUCAAACAGAUAG